AUGAGGCUAACGCCCAUACGGCGAUUCCAUGCACUCAACGCCACUGCAACUCGCCGCUUCUUCAGCACUGCAGAGCCAUCCGCCGCUCGUUUGACGGAAAAGGUACGGACUAGUGACGACUCUUUCGACAAGUUGACGUCGGCUGCGCAACCCCGAGAGACCGAUGGGUACAUCCACCGUCCAGUGACGUACCCCCUGAAGCAGAUUAAGGUGGUGCUGCUGGAGAAUAUCCACCCGCGAGCCAAAGAGGUCUUUGAGCGGGAAGGGUACACUGUCGAGACCUAUAAGCCCGCUUUGUCCGGACAGGAGCUGGCUCGGAUCGGUGGAGACGCGCACGUUUUAGGGAUCCGGUCCAAGACGCAGCUGGAUGCGGAUUUCUUCCGGACGAUUGGCUGGCACGCCCAUCGACUCUGGGCUGUCGGGUGCUUUUGCAUUGGCACCAAUCAAGUCGCGCUCUCGGACGCGGCUGCCACGGGCAUUCCCGUGUUCAAUGCCCCUUUUUCCAACACGCGGUCGGUUGCGGAGAAAACGCUGAGUGAGAUCAUUGCUCUGCAUCGGAAGCUCUUUCUCCGCUCGACGGAACUGCACCAAGGCAUUUGGACCAAGUCAGCUACUGGAGCUCACGAAGUGCGUGGAACGACGCUCGGCAUUGUCGGCUACGGACGCAUUGGCUCGCAGGUUUCCGUGCUUGCAGAACUCCUUGGUAUGAAGGUGGUGUUUUAUGACCCUAUCAAGUGUCUGCCGCUGGGAAAUGCCCAACAGGUGAAUUCGCUGCAGGAGCUGCUGAGGAUAUCGGAUGCAGUGACGCUCCACGUGCCAGCGACGUCAGCCACGAAAGAGAUGAUUAACCGAGAGACGAUUGCUAUGAUGAAACAGGGAGCGCUGCUCGUGAACAAUGCGCGAGGCACUGUUAUUGAUAUUGACGCCGCAAAAGAGGCUGUGGAGAGCGGCCAGAUUGCUGGCAUGGCAGUGGAUGUUUUUCCCAAGGAACCGGCAAAGAAUGGAGAGCCAUUUGAUACGCCCUUGCGUGGGUUGCCGAACGUGAUCCUUACGCCCCACAUCGGAGGCAGCACGGAGGAGGCCCAGGGCAACAUUGCCGUUGAAGUGGCCUCCAAGUUGGUGCGGUACAUCAAUGAAGGUUCCACGACGACGUCGACCAACACGCCGGAGAUCGACAUGCUCCCGAUUCGAAACAACUCGAUGCGUAUCUUGCACAUGCACCAAAAUGUGCCUGGCGUGCUGAGCAAGAUUCACGCAGUGCUUUCCGACUAUGGCAUCAACGUGACGUCGCAGUAUUUGCAGUCAGAUCCUCGGCACGGCUACAUCGCACUCGAAGUGGAAAAGUUCCAUGCCAAGGUGGUAAAGCGCGAUCUCGAAAAGAUCAAGGAGACGAUUUUCUUGCGUACGGUCAUUUAA